GUAGCAAGAAGUGAGCCAACAUUAAAACAGCUGUUUUUUUAAGACUGCAUGCCAAGUUGACGGUGUGAAAUUUGGAACUUGCUUUCAUGGAGCUGCACGUAAGAUAACUUUUUGAAAAAAAUCUCAAGUAGCAAGAGGCGAAACAAAGUCAAACAGCUGUGUUUUGAAACUGCAUGCCGAGAUGACAUCUGUGAUAUAUGGCGGCUUGCGUUCACCAGAAGUUGCACAGAGGAAAAUGGCUAUUUAAGGAACUUUUUUGUAUGUUGGUGUAACAUGGCUCACGGAGGGAAUCCAGACGAAGUGCUAUACAAGCCCAACCAAGCGAAAGAACACAGACAUCCACGGUGGCUUAUACUUGACGGCAAAACUCUUGCAUGGAGUCAUGGCCGGGAUCAGAGCCCCUCCUACAAAGGCAUCAUCCUAGCUGUUAAAUACCUCAAACGCCACAGAAAUCCUAUCAUCCUCUGUGUGCCGGAGUGGAUGACAAAACAUGAAGAUGCACACCACUUGGAUGCUCUCCUCCAGGACAAGGUCUUGCUGUUCACUACACCCAGCUGCCCCAACCUCAUUGAAGCCACUGAAAUAAGCUUCAUGGAUGCACUGGCCAAGACAAUCAAUGCCCUCAUUGUCACACAAACAGGCCCAGACACCUGGAGUGAACCACUUGCAAGCAUUCUUCAGUUCACUAUGACCAGUGAUUCCUUCAUGCUGCCAAGGGACCCAAGGGGUAAACAUGGACCAACACUACAGAAGAUGCUUCAAUCGGCCAGAGUUCCAAAUGAGUAUGAAGUUAAAGGAAAGGUAACCCAUGUCUAA